GCAGAGAGACAGCUCAGCCAAAGAGCUUGGCGACCUCAGCUUUAUAGAAAAUGCACAGACCCAGCCUGGUUAUUCCUGUUCUUUCUCUUUUGGACGGGGUUGAUGUUCCUCAUGGGCUACUCGGUGGUGGCCGGGUCAGCCGGAAGACUCCUCUUCGGCUAUGAUAGCUUUGGCAACGUGUGUGGCAGGAAGAACUCACCUGUAGAAGGCGCUCCUCUUUCGGGACAAGACAUGACCCUGAGAAAACAUGUGUUCUUUCUAAAUUCGUGUAACCUGGACAUUCAUGAUGGGAUCAGCUCUAUCAUCCUCUGUGUAGCCAGUUGUCCGGAAGAGCAACUCAACACCCUGGAAGAGAUCCAGCUCUUUGCAAACAGCAGUGGGUCUUUCCUAUGUGUUUAUAAUUUGGAAUCCUUCAACUAUACUCAGAAUCCAAAUGCUGACUCUCUGUGUCCCAGACUACCAGUUCCUCCAAGCAAAUCUUUUCCAUUAUUUAACCGCUGCAUCCCGCAAACACCCGACUGCUAUUCCUCGUUUGCAUCUGUUUUGAUAAAUGAUGUUGACACCCUCCACCGAAUUCUAAGUGGAAUCAUGUCAGGAAGAGACACAAUCCUUGGCCUCUGUGUCUUCACAUUAGUUUUGUCUUUGGCCAUGAUGUUCACCUUCCGGUACCUCACCACUCUUCUGGUUCACAUUCUCAUUGCCUUGAUUGUUUUGGGAUUAUUGUUUGUCUGUAGUGUCCUCUGGUGGCUCUAUUAUGACUACACCAAUGAUCUCAGCAUUGAGUUGGACACAGAAAGGGAAAAUAUGAAGUGUUUGCUGGGCUUUGCUCUCGUGUCCACAGUCAUCACGGCAGUGCUCCUCGUCUUGAUUUUCAUCCUCAGGAAGAGAAUCAAACUGACCGUUGAACUCUUCCAAGUUACAAAUAAAGUCAUCAGCAGCUCUCCUCUCCUGCUCUUUCAGCCUGUGUGGACUUUUGCCCUCCUCGUUUUUUUCUGGGCUCUCUGGGUGGCUGUUUUGCUGAGCCUGGGCACUGCAGGUACUGCUCAGGUUAUCCAAGGCGGGCAAGUAGACUAUCAACCUCUCUCAGGCAUUCGCUUUAUGUGGUGGUACCAUCUAAUCGGCCUCAUAUGGACCAGUGAAUUCAUCCUGGCAUGCCAGCAAAUGACUGUAGCUGGAGCAGUGGCCACUUGUUAUUUCAAUAGAAAUAAAAAUGACCCUCGCAAUCACCCAGUUCUUUCCUCUCUCUCCAUUCUCUGCUACUAUCAUCAAGGAACCGUGGUAAAAGGGUCAUUUUUAAUCACUGUGGUGAGGAUUCCCAGGAUCAUUCUCUUGCACAUAAACAACACUCUGAAGGAGAAGCACAGUGUGUGGUCGAGAUACAUAUACAAAUGCUGCUUCUGCUGUUUCGGGUGUCUUGACAAAUGUCUGGGCCAUCUCAACCAGAAUGCAUAUACCGCAACUGCUAUUAAUGGGACAGAUUUUUGUACAUCAGCAAAAGAUGCACUCAGACUCUUAUCCAAGACUUCAAGUCAUUUUGCAUCAGUUAACUGUCUUGGAGACUUCAUUAUUUUCCUUGGAAAGGUAUUGGUGGUGUGUUUCACUGUGUUUGGAGGUCUGAUGGCAUUUAACUACAACCGGGCCUUCCAGGUGUGGGCCAUCCCACUGCUGUUGGUUGCAUUUUUUGCCUACUUAGUAGCCCAUAGUUUCCUGUCUGUGUUUGAAACUGUGCUGCAUGUACUUUUUCUCUGUUUUGCUGCUGACCUGGAAACAAAUGAUGGAUCAGCAGAAAAGCCCUACUUUAUGGACCAAGAGUUUUUGAGUUUCAUAAAAAGGAUCCACAAGUUAAAGGAUGUAAAGGCACAGAGUGGUAAGAAGUUGGGAAAGGAAGAAGGAAUGGAACUCCAGCCCAUAGUGAGAUAG